CGAUCUACUCCGCGGCCUCCGAAGCGAGCGCUGAAACCCUCUUUCGAGCUUACUCCGGAGUAGCCGCCUCGAAAUUUCGAGUAGUUCAUGCAUGAACCCCACCCUAUAGGGCGACUGUGGAGCCAAAUAUUGUGCUGCCUACGGCUCUGUCUCGGAUCAGCGGCCCCUUGUAGGACGUCUAAUUUAUGGAUAUAAAUACAAUCACUCGCCUUAGCCAGAUGUCAUGUUGAAAGACCAAUACUGCUGCCCUACGAUAUUUUGCAAUGAGGGUCGACCUGCUCCUCGCCGCAGCUGCAGCUGCGAGCGCGACUCCCUUCACCACACCCCGCGCCCUACCGAAUGCCCCCGACGAAUAUGCGCCCGCAAAUGUGACCUGUCCGGCUGUGAAGCCCUCGAUCCGGAGCGCGCGGAAUCUCUCCUCAAAUGAGACACAAUGGGUCCACUCCCGUCACCGCCAAAUUAUAUCGCCUAUGCGGGAUCUCCUCGGCCGCCUGAAUAUUACGGGUUUCAACGCGUCGGCAUAUAUGGACAUUGUCUCGAGCAACACGUCCAACGUCCCGAAUAUCGGAAUCGCAGUUUCGGGCGGUGGAUACCGGGCUAUGCUCAAUGGCGCUGGAGCGCUCAAGGCGUUUGAUAGCAGGACAUCCAACUCCACGGCCACGGGUCACCUCGGUGGACUCCUUCAGUCCGCUACUUAUGUCUCGGCGCUCAGCGGAGGCGGGUGGCUUGUCGGAUCCGUCUUUCUAAACAACUUUACCACCAUCGCAGAGCUGCAGGCUACCGAGGACGUCUGGGAUCUGCGGAACAAUAUCCUCGAGGGACCUGACCACAAACACCUACAGGCGCUGCAUACCGCUAGCUACUGGAGCGAUAUCAUCGAUGCUGUGCAUUCCAAGCGCGAUGCGGGCUUUAACACCUCGCUCACUGAUUACUGGGGCCGCGCUCUCUCCUACCAGUUCAUCAACGCCUCCGAGGGCGGGCCAUCUUACACCUGGUCCUCGAUCGCGCUGAUGGAUAACUUUAAGAAUGGCCAGAUCCCGCUCCCAAUUCUCGUUGCUGAUGGCCGCAACCCGGGUGAAUUGGUCGUGGGCUCGAACUCGACCGUCUACGAGUUUAAUCCGUGGGAGUUUGGCUCGCCGGACCCUGCAAUCUACGGCUACGCGCCGCUCGAAUAUCUUGGAUCCGACUUCUCCAACGGCCGCGUGGGCACCAACGGCGCCUGCGUGCGCGGAUUCGACAACGCGGGGUUCGUCAUGGGGACGUCCUCCAGCCUGUUUAACCAAUUCAUCCUCCGCCUAAACGGCACGGACAUCCCAGAGGCCCUCAAAUCCGUCCUCGCAUCCAUCCUCGAACACAUCGGUGAAGCCAACGACGACAUCGCCGCUUACCCAAACCCCUUCUCCAACUACACAAACACCAACGCCUCAAUUUCGUCCCUCUCCGAACUCAACGUCGUCGACGGCGGCGAGGACGGCCAGAAUAUCCCGCUGCACCCACUCAUUCAACCAAACCGGCACGUCGACGUCAUCUUCGCGAUCGACUCGACGUCGAAUAUCCACAAUUGGCCGAGUGGGAAAAGUCUUGUGGAGACGUACGAGCGGUCCCUGGAGUCCGCGGGUGUAGGCAACGGGACGGCGUUCCCAUCGAUCCCGGACCCGAAUACAUUUGUGAAUCUGGGACUGAAUAAGCGGCCGACAUUUUUCGGGUGCGAUACGCGGAACCUCACGGGUCCGAGCCCGCUCGUCGUUUAUAUUCCCAAUGCGCCGUAUACGUUCAUGUCGAAUACUUCCACUUUCGAUCUGAGCUAUUCCGACGAGGAUCGCGAUGCGAUGAUUCUUAACGGGUAUAAUGUCGCGACGCAGGGGAAUUCCACGGAGGAUGAGACGUGGCCUGCGUGCGUGGGCUGUGCGAUUCUGAGUCGGUCGGCGGAGAGGACGGGGACGACGUUGCCCGAGGCGUGUACGCGGUGCUUUCGGAGCUACUGCUGGAAUGGGACGCUUGAUAGUCGCGAGCCCGUGGGGUAUGAGCCGGCGCUGAAAAUUCGGGAGAGUGGUGCUGGGGCACUGAUGAGGCCGUCAGCUUGGGGGUUUGGGCUUUUGGCUUCGUUGGUGUAUUUUGGUGCGGUGUAGAGAGAUGCGAGACAUAUAAUGAGCAAGGGUUUUGAUUCGAUCCGUUCAAGGUUACAGUCCGCUAGUUUAUUGGAGUGACAGGUCCCUAAGGUAUUAGUAAGUAGUAGGAACGUAAAUCAGGACCGCCAGGGUCGUGGAACUACAACCUGGACCGGACCUCGGAGCGCCGUUCCUCCCCGGAUCCGGGCCUGGCUGCUUUGAAGAGGCUGAGCCGGGCUCCGGGUAAAUCAAUUCGCCCACUUGCAAGCCCCCGGCCAGCGGCCAAGGGCUUGUUAUGGAGUUAGCCGAAGUGCAUCGCCCCAAAAAUCCGACAUGACGUCUGGGCAGUCUUUGCUCCAGCCACACUGCAUGGCAUGGAUAUGUAGUGAGUGCGCAUGACUCGUGUCAACUCAUUACGGCUCAUAUUAAAGAGAGAAUUCCCCCAGCACCAUUGCUGCAGAGAGCUUUGGACCCGGCUAGUGUUGUGCUGGGAGGAGCCGGCAGUUGCAUAGCUGCGUGGAGCACUUGGUCUGCGGCGCCUAGCUACACAGGGUAAAGGAGUAUCGUACUGCCCUGAGAGUAUAGGGUUGAGUAUACGCACAAGGUACGGAGGUUCAGUGGCAUGUGCUGAGCAGCGACAAUAGUACAUGGAGCCCGCGGACCCGUGUUCUCCAGCCUUAUUCCCGCCACUUAUUUGCGACUAUAUGCCAGGUGAUAUACGGCCUGGCUUAACUCCGACGAUCUCUGACAUGUAGGGUGAUGGGAGCGCCUGGGUAUAAAAAGCCGGCCAGAACCAGAUAUGGCAAUAGGAACAUUAGAAUUCACCACGCUACACCACAUCCCCGCGAAGCGCGCUAAUCGAGACCUUUAGUAUACAGGUGGCCAUUGAGGAUGUGUCGGUGUUGGGGCUGAGAUGGCAGGCAGGAUGUGACUGGGUGUUUAAUUUGGUGUCUGGGGAUGUUGGGAUACAGGAGGCUGUUGAGGGGGUUGUUAGGGACGGGUUGGAUUGUAAUGAGGAGGAGGAUUUGCAGGCGUUGUAUAUGCUACCUGAUUCGGGUGCUUGUGCAGGCCCCUGAAUGCAUGCAGGACGAGCCCAAGCCCCUUCCUACAGUUCAUCAUGGCCCUGGGCAAUCACCUUUGGCUGCCUAAUACGGGGACCAAGAAUGGUAAAAAUAACCCUCCGAUAAGCAACCAGCUCUCCGUCCGAAACCUCGAGUAUCAGGUGAAGAUGCUUAUCACAAUCCGGAUGCGCAUUGCGCCCGGGUUGACGAAGAACCACAUCUGAAGGGAUCCUGACCUUGACCGUCGCCGACGUGCGCGAGUCAAUCCCUAACUCAGCAACGUCGCGUCGCGGGUUGUUAUUGUUUGACGAUGGCUCUUUGUAUUGCCACCACUUGAAGGUGAGAUCACGGCCGUCCGGAUCGCAGGAUGCGCUCGCGUCGAGGUUGACCUCUUCUCCAGCCUGCACUAUCAUCUUGAUGACAUGGCGC